GAUCGCCGGAGCCCACCCGGCGAUGUGAAGCGCCAUGAUUUGGAUCCGACGAUGAACAAGGGUGGGUUAGGUUGUCUGUUUUCCAAAAAGUUCUAACCCCCGCUAGUGGGUGGGCACUAGCGGGGGUUAGGGUCAGACGAAUGUAACCCACCUUUGUUCAUCCUAGAACAAAUGAACAAGGGUGGGUUACAUUCGUCCGAAGCUAACCCCCGCUAGUGCCCACCCACUAGCGGGGGUUAGGCCUUUUUGAAAAAAAGCUGAUGUAACCCACCCUUGUUCGUCCAUGUCAAAGGAAGCAGAAAGUAAGCAGCCUGCUGAAGUCAGCAGCCGGGAUGCCAGCCCCGGCGGAUAUGAUCGGGCACGACCAUGCUUCUGAAGUGCAAAUAUUUUUGUAGAACUUUAUUCGCCACGGAGUGGUCGUCUCUUAGCAGGUAUCUUUCUCUUUGCUUUUGGGAAGAUGUCGGCCCAGCAGGACUUCUAGCAACAAAGAGAGGGAGGUGGCUGGUUGGGUGGUCGGUUGUGCGAGUGUUGCCCUUCGCUCCCAAUGGAUUAGUGCAAACAAAAGGACAGAGCAGUUGUUGCAGAAGCUGACCCAGAGCCAGCAGUCGACCCCGGCAAUUCAAGGCGCCGCGGGCUCUGCAGCGCUGGGAGGCCCUGUGGCGGAUGAGUAGAGGCAUGCC